AGAAAAAUAUGUCCGCCGUCAUUUCACUCGCCAGCGAACACAGUUCCGAGCGUUGUAAUCACUUAUGUUGGAUUCUUAUUACUAUUAUGUUACGUAUUAGUUAAAGUAGUUACUUUUUCUUUUUCUUUUAGUAUAUAUAGGAUGAUGCAGAAGUAGCUGGAGAUUCACCGAAGACAGAUUAGAUGCAGAAGGGACAUCAAUCAAUUAAUCAUGGACAGCGUGUUGGCAGGUGCAGCUAGCUUGAUUUUAAAUCCGACGAUCGACAGCUUCCUAUGGUUUCUGAUUCUUCUCUCAAACUUGUCGAGUGAUUCCGCUUUCUUGAAUCCCCUUUUCCUCCUCUCGACUCACUUAAACGUUUUUCAGGAAAUGAGUGGAGCUGUGCUUGUAGCGGUUGCUGCUGCAAUUGGCAGCUUUUUGCAAGGAUGGGACAAUGCCACUAUAGCUGGGUCCAUUCUAUACAUUAAAAAGGAAUUUAAUCUAGAAACACAACCUACCAUGGAAGGACUUAUUGUUGCCAUGUCACUUGUUGGUGCUGUCUUGAUGACAACUUGCUCUGGUGCAAUAGCUGACUGGCUUGGCCGUCGUCCCUUGCUCAUAACUUCUUCGGUUCUUUAUUUUGUUAGUGGCCUUGUAAUGCUUUGGUCUCCAAAUAUCUAUGUUCUACUUUUGGCAAGACUUUUGAAUGGGUUUGGAGUUGGUUUGGCAGUUACUCUUGUCCCUAUAUAUAUAUCUGAAACAGCACCACCAGAGAUAAGGGGUUUAUUGAACACUCUACCUCAGUUCACUGGCUGUGUUGGCAUGUUCUUUUCAUAUUGCAUGGUUUUUGGCAUGUCGUUGAUGAGCUCUCCUACUUGGAGACUGAUGCUUGGUGUGCUUUCUAUCCCCUCCAUUUUGUAUUUUAUAUUGACAAUAUUUUACUUUCCCGAGUCCCCCAGAUGGCUUGUGAGUAAAGGGCGAAUGCUAGAUGCAAAGCGGGUCUUGCAGAGGCUCCGUGGACAGGAAGAUGUCUCUGCCAUUGAAGAUCGAGUAAUACGGCUAGUUCAUCAUAUACAAAAAUGUGUAGAAAGUGAGUUCAGAAUUGGAUAUAUCAGGAUGGCUAGUUUGUAACGGAAAUUUCAAAUUAAAGACACAAAUAAUAGGAGGUGA